AUGGAACACAGCCAACAAAACCAGACGUUAACGACUGCAGCCAGUCAGUUCUCGACGUCACCGUCGGUCGUACUGCAACCACAACAAGAAAAACAACCAAAGUCCAACCUUCGUCGUCAACUGGAUGAUUUAUUAUUUGGAUCUAUUUCAGGCAUGGUUGGCAAGGUUGUCGAAUACCCAUUUGAUACGGUUAAAGUUAGACUGCAAACACAGCCAUUAGAUCGUCCCUACUACACUGGACCGUGGCAUUGUUUAACGUCGACGGUCAAGCAGGAUGGAAUGCGAGGAUUAUUUACGGGCAUGGCCUCGCCAAUGGUUGGAUCGAUGAUUGAAAAUGCUGCUCUCUUUGUUGGCUACCGACAAGUACAACGAUUGAUCCGUAACUACUCUGCCACAGCCGAGGAACGGGAAGCGAUGGCCAAGAUGAAUGAACAAGACCUACCACCGCUCAGCCUACCACAGUUGGUACUUGCCGGUGCAUCAUCCGGCGCGCUGGCAUCCUUCGUCCUCACACCCGUCGAACUCGUCAAAUGCAAGCUCCAAUUCCAACUAGCCGAGGCAAGCAACAGUACAUUAGCAGCAACAUCUCGGUCGUCAACGAUCCGAUACAGUGGUCCGUUGCAUGUGAUCACCUAUACCUUGAAGAACCAGGGCCUGAGCGGGUUCUAUCGCGGCUACCUGGCUACGCUGAUACGUGAAGCAGGCGGCGGUGCCUUUUGGUUUGGGGUGUACGAGUAUGUGUGCGAACUCAUGCUGCGCCGUCGCAACUCGACCAACAAGAAGGAUCUCAGUGCACCUGAGCUCAUGCUGGCUGGCGGCCUCGGUGGUGCGGGCUACAACUUUUCAUUUUACCCAGUGGAUGUGAUCAAGUCGCACAUGCAGACGGACCAGGAAGUGCUGGCGGGCCAGAACACACGUCCACGGUCGUUCAUGCAAACGGCGCGGGAAGUGUACGCAGGAGGCGGUGUCAAGGGGUUCUACCGAGGAUGUGGCAUCACUGUCGCACGGAGCAUACCAACCAGUGCCAUCAUCUUUUUGACGUAUGAGACGUUGUCGGAAUACUUUGGUUAA